AGACUUACAGCUCAUGGAGAUUCUUCUACACAUUUGUUUGUCUUCUAGAGAAUAGAAUAGAGAUUCUUCUCAUCUCUUUCGAUCACUUGUUCAAUGGAAAAUCAUCUCAUCGAGUCGGAGGAAUUCUCCGACCGCUUCGUCUGCUGCGUGUGUCUGGAACUUCUGUACAAGCCUAUCGUGCUCUCCUGUGGGCACGUUUCGUGUUUCUGGUGCGUGCAUCGAUCCAUGAGUGGUGAAAAGCAUUCUCAUUGCCCGCUUUGUAGGCAUCCCUAUAAUCACUUUCCGACUAUAUGUCACUUGCUUCAUUGUUUACUGCUCAACUUGUAUCCUGUUGCUUAUAACAAGAGGGAAUUGCAACUUCUAGAACAAGAGAAGAAAACUGGCUACUUCUCACCACAGCUUGAUGCUCAGGCUUGGAGCUCACAAGCUAAUCAAGACUCAAAUGUGCUUUGUGCUGCUUGCAAAGAACUGCUGUUUCGUCCUGUGGUUCUUAACUGUGGCCAUGUAUAUUGUGAAAGUUGUAUCGUCAAACAAGAUGAAGAGAAGAUUACAUGUCAAGUUUGUCAAAGUUUCCAUCCAACCGGAUAUCCAAAAGUUUGUUUGGAUCUGCAAAACUUUUUGAUCGAACAGUUUCCUAAAGAACUUGCACAUAGAAGAGAUGGUGUACAGCGUAACCAUGUUAAUCCAACUACAUGUGAAAGCAAAAGCAGUAAAGAAGCAGAGAAGUCAUCAUCGGGUUCAUAUCACAGAGGAGUUGGCUGUGAUUAUUGUGGGAUGUAUCCGAUAAUUGGGGAUAGAUACCGGUGCAAAGAUUGUGUGGAGAAAAUUGGAUUUGACCUUUGCAAUGAUUGUUAUAAUACUAAUUCCAAGCUUCCAGGUCGAUUUAAUCAGCAACAUACAGCAGAACACCAGUUUGAGCUUAAACGCGGUGACAAUAUUCGUGGUCAGUUAAGGAGAAUGAGUGAGCGGUUAGGGGAUGGUUCUUUUGCUGUUUUACUGGCUCACAUGUCAGGGAUUCCAGAGGAAGAUGCUGGGAAUAGAGAGAUCCCCCAUGCUCCCUCCACCAAUAGUGAAAAUGAUGAGGAUGAUCAAGAUGGCUCUCAACCAAGUUUUCAGCACGGUGGCAUUUGAGGCUUGUGUUUUGUUUGGCUUUUAGAUGCUUCCUUAUGUUGUAAAUAAUGUCUUUUCCCAAGAUUAUAUCAUGGCAAAGGUUUCUAUGGAAGACUACUAGAUUGUACAGCUUUAGAAGUUUCGUGAUCUAGGAUAUAAAUUCAGAAGAUAUUGAUAGUGUACAAACUAUUUAUAAAUGACAAAAUGGAUGUUCUCUUA